CUAAGACCUUCUGACAAGAAAAUGUUGCGCUCUGCCGUUGCUGGAUUUGGCAAGAUUUCUUGUAAUGCUGGUUUAACGUCGAAAGUGUUAGUUGGACAUACCAACCAUGUCAUUGGUGCUUUUGGCGUUGCCCCAGGCGCUAUAUGGAAGCGCCAACAACAGACGAUGCCAGUAGUAGAGUCACCGAAUAGUUUGCCUAAAAAAAGAUAUUCCCCCUUUGGAACGAAUCAAGCAAGCAUUGCAGAGUGGUCACUAGCUCGCCUGGACGAUCUUUUGAAUUGGGGUCGCAAAGGAUCGAUAUGGCCCUUGACAUUUGGUUUGGCCUGUUGUGCUGUAGAAAUGAUGCACAUCGCUGCGCCACGUUACGACAUGGAUCGUUAUGGAGUUGUGUUUCGCGCUUCCCCACGUCAAGCGGACGUCAUCAUUGUAGCCGGUACGCUUACUAACAAAAUGGCACCAGCGUUACGAAAAGUGUACGAUCAAAUGCCCGAGCCGCGAUGGGUCAUCUCAAUGGGUAGCUGUGCUAAUGGUGGUGGCUACUAUCAUUAUUCAUAUUCAGUCGUACGCGGCUGUGACCGAAUUAUACCCGUCGACAUCUACGUACCUGGCUGUCCACCUACGGCGGAAGCCCUUAUGUAUGGCGUGCUGCAGCUUCAAAAGAAAGUCAAACGCAUGAAGACGCUGCAGAUGUGGUAUCGAAAGUAAUGGAUAUGCUUUUUACAUAUAUGUAUGUUAAAAAUUUAUACCUUUACCUGGUUAUUUAAAGUGGAUAUGAAUGGAGUUGGGCAACAGAUACCGAUUGCAUAGAUUGUGCUUGAACAUUAUUCUGUUUAUUCGAGUAUAUAUGAUUAAAAAUUGAUUUUAUUAUCAAUUAACUAUA